UUAGUUCGAGGAUCGAAAGAAGUACUUAGACAAUAGUCUAGUCUAUUGGGCCAGAAGCUUGCACGUGUGUAAGGGUACGGAAUGGCAUAUGGUUUCGAAGUGUGUGGACCAUCCUUCUUAGAGUUGCUACCCUCACCCCCCUCUCUCCUACCAUAGACCGUCAGUCCUCGAUGACCUCCGGCCUGUCAGUAUUCACAUAUAUAUUCAGUCUAUACCGAGAAGCCACUCGGGCUUCAUCAGCAUCUCUCCACGUUUCUCUCGUGUAUUCUCUCAAAAAGAGAACAAGAGUGAGAAAGAGACAAAGAGAAUAUACGGAUCCAACGAUAGUUUCGAAAGAGAACACGCCGCGCUAAAGGACGAGAUACCAGUGCCGACGGUGGCGGGCUCGAUCUGUCCACUGUCAGGAUGGCGAGGUGGUUGCUGGUCGCUUCGUUGGCCAACGUGCUGAUCCACCAAACAAAAAACGAAAUCCUGACGCCACCGUAUUUUAAUUUAGCCGAGGGAAAAGAGAUCAUCGCAUCAGCCACGUGUGGUGUCGAUACUCCUGGACCAGAACUUUAUUGUAAACUCGUCGGUGCAAAUGCCGAUCAACAUGAGGAUAUAAAUCUGAUACAGGGACAGGUAUGUGAUUAUUGUGAUGCUGACAAUCCAGAAAAAAGACAUCCACCAGAAUAUGCAGUCGAUGGAAUGGAAACUUGGUGGCAAUCACCACCUCUUUCUAGAGGGAUGAAAUACAAAGAAGUAAAUCUGACAAUCAAUCUUGGGCAAGAGUUCCAUGUGGCAUAUGUCUACAUAAAAAUGGCAAAUUCACCAAGACCUGGUGUUUGGGCUCUUGAAAAAUCGAUAGAUUAUGGAAAAACCUGGUCAGCUUGGCAAUAUUUUUCCGACACUGCUAACGAUUGUUUAGUCUACUUCGGUGUGGAUAGUCACAAAACCAUUACCAGAGACGAUAGCGUCAUCUGUACGACAGAAUAUUCUCAAAUUGUGCCACUGGAGGGCGGUGAAAUACCAAUUUCAAUUUUGAAUAAUCGUCCAUCCGCACAACAUUACUUCAAUUCGACUUUGCUACAAGAAUGGACGCGAGCUACGAACGUUCGUUUUCGUUUUUUGAGGACGAAAAAUUUAUUGGGACAUUUAAUGUCGUUAGUGCGAGAAGACCCUACUGUGACCAGAAGAUAUUUUUAUUCCAUCAAAGAUAUCAGUAUUGGUGGUCGAUGUAUGUGUAAUGGCCACGCGGAUACUUGUGACAUAUUGGAUCCAAAGAUGCCGAAGAAACUGUUUUGCAGAUGCCAACAUAAUACCUGUGGACCCCAAUGUGCGACUUGUUGCAAAGGGUUUGAACAAAAGAAGUGGCGACAGUCUACAGCAUUUAAGAAGUUCAUAUGCGAACCUUGCAAUUGUUUUGGUCAUUCCGAUGAGUGUGAGUAUGAUCCAGAAGUGGACGAGAAACACUUGUCUUUAGAUAUUCACGAUAACUAUGAGGGUGGCGGUAUAUGUAAGAAUUGUCGGGACAACACUGAAGGAAUCAAUUGUAAUCGUUGCAAACCAACGUUUUAUAGACCGGGUGAUAAACCUUUGAACGCAACUGAUGUUUGUCAACCAUGUCAAUGUAAUGCACCCAAUUUAACUGGAAAUUGCGCGGAUAUCACCGGUAAAUGCGAGUGUCGAAAAGAAUAUACUUCACCUAAUUGCGACAGUUGCAGCUUUGGACAUUAUGGUUAUCCAAACUGCGUUCCAUGCCAAUGUUUUAGUAAUGGAACCGAUGGAGAUCAUUGCGAAGCCAUAGAUGGAUCUUGUCCGUGUAAAUUGAAUUACGCUGGCCAUUUCUGCAAUCUCUGCGCGCAAGGCUAUUACAAAUUCCCUGAAUGUUUACCUUGUGAAUGUAAUCCUUUGGGCUCCCAUAACGCUGAAUGUGAUGUAAUUUCGGGUAAUUGCACUUGCAAGAACAACUACGGUGGAAGAACAUGCGAUAUUUGUGAAGAUGGCUAUUACAAUUAUCCUUUCUGUACAUUCUGUAACUGUGAUUCACGUGGAACCGAGGCAGAAAUUUGUGAUAAAUCAAAUGGAACCUGUUUAUGCAAAAAGGGAUAUGGCGGUCCUAGAUGCGAUCAAUGCAUCAGUGGUUAUUAUGGAUAUCCGAAUUGUAGACCAUGUAACUGCAGUUCAAUAGGAUCAUCUUCUAUUAGUUGUGAUACCAUAGGAAAAUGUUCUUGUCUGGUUAAUUUCGCUGGAAGAACAUGCGAUCAAUGCAGUCCAGGAUAUUACAUGUAUCCUGAAUGUAUAGCCUGCAAUUGUGACAGCCAUGGUUCGAUUGGUGCAUCUUGUGAUACAGAGGCUAAAUGCCAAUGUCGAGAAAAUUUCGAUGGUACUAGGUGCAACCAAUGUAAAGAAGGCUUUUAUAAUUUCCCCACUUGCGAAGGUUGUAAUUGUGACCCGGCAGGUAUUGUAGAAACUUUUCAAGGAUGUGGCUCUUUGCCUGCUGGUGAACUUUGUCAAUGUAAAGAUCGUGUCGAAGGCAGGAUUUGUAACGAGUGUAAGCCGCUCUAUUGGAAUUUGCAACCUUAUAAUCCUCAAGGUUGUGAAGAAUGUCAAUGUAAUAUACCUGGUGUCAUUGGAAAUAUUGGUGAAUGCGAUACAAAAUCUGGUCAAUGUAUCUGUAAACCAGGAGUAACCGACAGAAGUUGCAAUCAGUGCGUAGAUGGUACAUACAAUCUUCAAGAAAGCAAUUUCUUCGGUUGUACAGACUGUGCUUGUGACAUCGGUGGUUCCGUUAAUCCGAUAUGUAAUAAACAAACUGGUCAAUGUCAAUGCCAACCACGUGUUACGGGUCUUACCUGCAAAGAACCUUUGAAAGCUCAUUAUUUUCCUACACUUCACCAGUUUCAAUAUGAAGCAGAAGAUGGAAGAAUGCCCAGCAAUAGCCCCGUUCGUUACGGUUUCACCGAAGAUCUCUUUCCAGGAUUUAGUUGGAAGGGAUAUGCGGUAUUCUCUGAUCUACAGGACCAGAUUAUUCUAAAUGUUUAUAUUCAGAAAUCUUCUCUCUAUAGAAUGGUCUUAAAAUAUGUGAAUCCAAAUAACGAACCAAUCCUUGGUACAAUUACUAUAACUCCAGAAAACCCAUCAGAAGUGGAACAACAAUUUAAAGUUAACUUCAAACCAACUGUAAAGCCAUCUUUUGUAACCGUCGCGGGACCUCAAGGUAAUCUUCCCUCGGCCAUGGUUAUGAAUCCAGGAUAUUGGUCUAUUAGUAUCGCUACUAAGAAGAGUCUUUUCCUCGAUUAUUUCGUGUUGCUUCCGUCUGAAUACUAUGAAGCAACUAUUCUGACUCAAAAUGUGAACAUUCCUUGCGAGAUUGGUUACAAAGAACUCUGUAGACAUUAUGGUUAUCCUAAUCUGAUGAUGUUUGAUUCUGUUCACGGAGCUGGCGGAUUCUUGAACGAAAACAAUGUCAGAAUCCCUUUGAGUGAAUAUUUUACAGAUAGAGACAUUUUGUAUGAAAUUGAUAGAGAUGAAGUUCCAUUAAUUAAUGAAAAACAAGAAGAAAUACAUUUUGAUUUAAGAAUCUCGAAACCAGGUCCACAUGUUUUGCUGGUUACCUAUGUGACUCCUAAAUAUGAGAAUACUACAUCAACUCUUCUUAUAGAGGCAAAUACUGUUGGUAAAGGAAAGGUGACUCUAUAUCCUUGCAAAUACACUAGUAUCUGUAGACAAGUAGUGACCGACACAUAUGGCAGAGUAGCUACAAUGAAUUUCCCUUCGAACUAUGUUAGCUUAAUUUUAACUGGAGAACCUACUUCGAAUGUUGCCAUUGAUUCUAUUAUUGCUAUUCCUUACAAUAAAUGGUCUUUGGAUUAUGUUAAACCGAAAUCAAUAUGUGUUAGAAAAAAUGGAAAAUGUGUAAAAGGCCAAUUUCCAGGAGCAGCAGAUGCUAAGAAAAUCGAAUUCGAAACUAGCAGCACAAUUUUCGAAUCUGAAAAAAGGCCUUUUGGCAUUUAUGAUAAUACUACCAAAUUAAUCUAUUUGGAUAGUGAAAACACAACUGUAGAUAUUCAUGGAAAAGUCUUACAACCUGGAGAUUAUAUAUUCAUUGUGCAAUAUUAUCAACCAGAUUAUCCAGAAUAUGAGCUCGAUGUAUUAGUACAAAAUGGUAAAUUUUACGAAGCAAAAAUGUCCGUUCCCCAUUGUCCCAGUAACAGCGGAUGUCGUAGCAUAGUGAGACAAAUGGACAACAAUAUUAAAUUUCAAUUAAUCGAGAACUUUAUGAUAACCUUCAAGGAAAGUGACGGCAAUGGAAUAUGGUUGGAUUAUAUCUUAGUUAUUCCAGCUGAACAAUACAAUGAAAAAAUAUUAAAAAAGAUUCAAUUCGAUCAGACAAAAGAGUUUAUUAAAAAAUGCGGCUACAAUCAUUUCCAUAUAAAUAUCACCGAAGAAGGUUUCUGUCGUGAUUCCAUUUUCUCUUUGACAGCAAAUUACAAUAACCGUGCUUUGCCGUGUAAUUGUGAUAUCAAUGGUGCUAUAAGCUUUGAGUGUGAAAAAUUCGGGGGGCAAUGUCUUUGCAAACCAAACAUCAUUGGAAGACGAUGUGAAAUCUGUAAAAUGGGAUUCUACGGUUUUCCUAAUUGUGAACCAUGCAAUUGUCCCAGCACAGCUUUAUGUGAACCAAAAACAGGUGCUUGUAUCUGUCCACCAAGAGUCACUGGUAAACGUUGCGAUCAAUGUGAAGUGGGUACUUACGGAUUUCAUCCAAUUCUUGGCUGCGAAGAGUGCAAUUGUUCUCCUCUGGGUGUAAUCGACGGGGAUCUGCAAUGUGAUUUCUUUAAUGGUAGCUGCAGAUGCAAAGAGAACGUGGUUGGUAGACAGUGUGACAAAUGUCAGCCUGGCUAUUCCCAAUUCCCGCAUUGCGAAAAAUGCGAUUGUGACAUUAGAGGAACUACUGAAGAGAUAUGCGACCAAUAUACCGCGGAAUGCUACUGUAAGGAAAAUAUUCAGGGAUUAGCUUGUGAUGUAUGCAAGGAAGGUACAUUCAAUAUUCAAGAAAACAACGAAGAAGGUUGUACCAAAUGUUUCUGUUUUGGAAAAACUAGUAGAUGCGUGUCGUCAAAUUUGUAUAGAACCCAAAUAUCUGAUAUGGUUAACUGGGAAUUAGCUCUAUUCAAUGAGAAAGGUGGAAAUAUGACGUAUUUGCUAACAAUCCCACAUGAAUUCAAUUCAACGAGUAUCGCAAUUGAUCUCACCACUAAUGACACUUAUGGAAACGUUAUUUACUUCUCAGCACCAGAAAUCUAUUUAGGAAAGAAGUUAACUUCGUAUGGAGGAUUUUUGAAUUAUACUGUUUAUUACAGUACUGGACCAUUCGGUAACGCUAUUAGUGCUGCUGAUAUAAUUCUUCAAAGUGCCGACACAAUUUUACUUUACUACGCUGAAGAACAACCACCGUCAUUCACGAACUUUCAAGCAUCUUUGGAAUUAAUCGAGAUGAACUUUGUGACCCAUAAUCGCCUUAGCGCCACAAGGGAACAAUUGAUGGUGGUUCUCGAAGAUCUUCAAGGAAUAUUUAUUCGAGCUACAUACUGGAAUCCUAGUAUAAGAGCUUCUUUAUCGUACAUGACUUUAGAUGUAACUACGGAGAUUUAUUCGCCUCAAUACCUUCCAGCAAGUAGUGUUGAACAAUGUCAAUGCCCACCUAAUUAUCAAGGACUUUCAUGCGAAGAAUGUGCUUCGGGAUAUUACAGGGUACAAUCUGGACCUCAUGGGGGAUACUGUGUUCGUUGUGAGUGUAACGGACAUGCGGAUACGUGUGAUGUGAAUACUGGCAUAUGUUUGGAUUGCAAAGACGGUACAAUGGGUGAUCAUUGUGAAUUCUGCGAACAAGGUUAUUACGGAAAUGCUACCGGAGGAACUCCCACUGAUUGUCUCAUUUGCGCUUGUCCUUUGCCUGUUCCAUCCAAUAAUUUCGCCACUGGUUGCCAAGUGAAUGAAGAAGGAAACAAAAUAAGCUGCGACUGCCUUCCUGGCUAUUAUGGCGCUCGCUGUGAAUCCUGCGCUUCCGGUUACUAUGGAAAUCCUGAAACUUAUGGCGAAUAUUGUAAACCCUGCGAAUGUUCCGGCAAUAUCGAUACCAAUCAAAUCGGCUCCUGUGAUUCCAGAACAGGAGAGUGUUUACGUUGCUUAAACAACACUUAUGGCGAAGCUUGUAAUCUUUGCGCACCAGGAUUUUUCGGUGACGCUAUCGAGAGGAAAGAUUGUCGCAACUGUCUGUGCAAAGAAUGUGGAAUGGAACAUUGUGACAGUUACACGGGCCAAUGCUUCUGUCGCGAGAACGUGAUUGGAGAACAAUGCGACCGUUGCGCAGAUAAUUACUAUGGUUAUGAUACGUGCGACGGUUGUAAAGCGUGUGAUUGUGGAAUCGCUUCGGAAAGUAGUCAGUGCGAUGACAUGACUGGCCAGUGCUUGUGCAAACCUGGUGUCACUGGACGCAGAUGUGAUCAAUGUAUUGCAGGUUAUUGGAAUUACGGAGUAGAUGGGUGUACAUCUUGUGAAUGUAAUAUUGGAUAUUCUGUUGGGGUAUCAUGUAAUACCACUACUGGUCAAUGUAGUUGCUUGCCAGGAGUUAUUGGAGAAAAGUGUGAUCACUGUCCGUAUAGAAAUGUGUUAAUUCCAGGUCAAGGUUGCUUUGCUUGUGACUCUUGCACUGGAAACUUAUUAGACGUCACGGAUGAACUAUUAAAUAUGUUAAAUCCUAUUUUUAAAGAGUUUAACAAUGUGGCCGAGAGUUACUUCACUAAUCAGAGAUUGAAAUUUAUUAAUGAUUCGGUGAAUGAUUUAUAUCCCAAGGUGAAACUUUUAGAUCCUAAUAGAGUGAACUUUUUGCCUUUGCAACAAGAGGUUAGUAAGUUAGAGUUAGAAGUUUCGAAUCAGAAACGCGAAAUUGAUUAUACUGCAGAAGACAGUGUAAGAUGGAAACUCGCCGCAGAAAAUACUUUGGAGAAUAUGAAUUUGCUGGAACAAGAUGUGAUCAGAGAAAUAAAUUUAGUUAAAUCGACUGUUUCUGAAGUAGAAUCUUUAGCUUUGAAUAUUGAACUGGGUACUGGUGCUAAGGUAGAUAGCGCUUUGAAAGAAGCAACAGACAUUCUGAAAAGAAUCAAAGAAGUAUCAUUCGUCAAUUUUCGAGAUCGUGCAACAGAUCAAGCUCAGGAAUCUAAUAUUCUUCUGUCAGAAAUGCUCGAUUACAAUAUACCAGUCAAUAAUUUAUCAUUUAUCGCUGAUAAUCUUAGUAACAAAAUCAGGAACGUGACUGACAAACUGGACGAUCUUCUCGAAAUUAUUUGGAAAGCUCAAGAGUUGGCUAGCACGGUCGACAGAUUGAAUCAAGAGAACAGAAUCGCAGCUGAGACUGGAAAUUUCGAUGUUGUGAAAAAUUCUACUGCGGAGGCUGCGGAAGAUUUAAUGGCUGGAGAAGAAUUAAAUAGAAAUGCGAGCCAAUAUCUCGACGAAGCGAAUUACAACAUAGAUAUAUUGAAAAAUAAUAUAAUAGAUGAUUCUAUAGAUACAUUAAAUAAAACAAUUACAGAAAACGAUCAAUUAUUAAUAGGAUUGGUAAUUCCAGUUCGAGAUGCACAGGACCAUGCUGAACAUCUUUAUAAUCGAUCUUUAGAUUUGGAUAAUCUUCUGACCGACACAAGGAAUACGAAUGCCGUGAAAGCUGUUUCAGCUUACAGAAAUAUAGGAACAGCUAUUGAAGCUGCUCGCAAAGCUGCAAUAAAUGCUCAUGACGCAGCAAUAAACGCUACGGAAUUAUCAAAUGGUAUCGAGCAAAUGAUGUCGGAAUCGCGAGAGGCAGUUUUAAAUCUGCUGAAAUCGGCCAAUGAUACUUUGUCGAAAACAAUGAUGAAGCCUGAGAACAAUUUAAAUAAUGCCAAAAUAGACGCAGCUUUAAUCUCGGAACAAAAUAAACGCAACAGAGAAAUGUUGGACAACAUUGAAAAGAUCCUUAGUAAUAUUCAAACUUCUUCUUCGACAGUUGCUCAAGAUGCUAUGAAUCAAAUCAUAGAGGUAGAGAAGAAUAUCAAACUUUCCGAAGGGGACACAAAGGAUAUCGUUGAUCAAAUUCCAGAAGAUUUGAAGAAAACGAAACAGUUGUCGAAAAACAUCUCGGAAUCCAUUCGUGAUGUAUCUCAGGCGAAAAAGCAACUAGACAUUGUUGACAAAUAUCUUCCAGAUAUUGCAAAAUUAUUAAAUAAUUUGGACAAUAAUCAAAAAAUGAUAGAGACUAAUGGAACCGAUUUGCAGAGCAAGAUUGAGACAUUAAAAAACAAAAUUGCGAAUGCGAGAGAACUUGCAGAUCGUUACAAACUUGGUCUUACCUUUUAUAGAAAUACUACCUUAGAAUUGAAGAAUCCAGAAAAUUUACCUCUAUUGACUACUUCUACCAAGAUAUCUUUAUACUUCAGAACGAAUACGACCAACGGUUUUCUCCUUUAUCUAGGAAACGAGGAAAAUGUUAAACUACCUCGCUCGAAAACCCACGAUUUCAUGGCAUUGUUGAUCGAAAGUGGUUAUCCAGUACUUAUAAUUGAUUUAGGAUCUGGACCUGAGAAAAUCAUUAAUAACAAAUUCGUGUCGGAUAAUAUAUGGCGUCAGAUAAUUGUCGAAAGGACUGGUAAGAAUGUAAAAUUAAUUAUUCGCGAGGAUAUUGGAGAAGGCAAAGAGCAAUUAUACGAAAAAACACAUGUAUUGCAUGGUUCAUACUCGAUAUUUAACGUGGAUCAAGAAUACUCGAAGCUAUUCGUAGGUGGUUAUCCAUCGUCUUUCAAUAUGCAGAACGCUGUGACUGCGACCUCGUUCGAGGGUGAAAUGGAAGAGCUUGUGAUAGGAGAAGACACGCCGGUAUCCUUCUGGAAUUUCAUCGAUGGAGAGAAUAACAAUAAACCAGCGAUAGAAAGAGAUAAAUUAAUCAACUUCCAACCGAGUACUGGUUACAGGUUCGACAAACAUGGAUACGCCAUUUUGAGAAAGAAAGAUUUCCAAAUUUCGCCGGACACUAAAAAAUUUAGUAUUAGAUUGAACUUUAAAACAUUUGCGGAAGAUGGCUUGAUUUACUUGAUGGGUAAAGGCAAACAGUUUUUGUCCUUGGAAAUGAGGAAUGGUCACGUCCUUUAUCAAUACGAUCUUGGUGAAGGAGAAACUAGUUUGCAGUCAGUGAACAAAUUCAAUGAUGGAAAUUGGCACAAUUUGCAAGCUUUAAGAUACGAGAAGUCGGGUGUUCUGAAAGUGGAUGGUGCAAAUGUAGUUAAGAGUAAGGCAAAAGGAAAUGGAAGAAACUUGAUAUCCUCGGAUAAUAUUUAUUUCGGAGGAUAUCCACCAAAUGCUAAACAUCCUUACAAACCUGUUACCAAUGAAGGUUUCGAAGGCUGUAUCGAUGAAGUAUUUAUUUUCGAUACCAUAAUUGAUUUGACUCGCAACAUUCAAGCAUUUGGCGUAAUUCCUGGCUGUCCAAUACGGUUUGCAAGUUUGGUGUCUUUCGAAGAGAAUACAUCCGGCUAUGUAAGAUGGCAUAAUAUUUCCGUGCCAAAUGUUCUUCAAGUGAACUUGAAAUUUAAAACUUUAGCGAAUGAUGGCUUAAUUUUUUACGUAACUGAUCACGAGAAAGGUGUAGUUAGCUAUUUAUCUCUAAUCGAUGGUGUACUCGUCUUCAACAGUCAGGGUGAAGAAUUACGAACGAGUUUCGCGAGCAUUAAGUUCAAUGACAAUGAGUGGCAUGUAGUCACGGCUACACAUUCAUACGACUCUUUGAAACUUGAUAUCGAUGACACUAAGAAUUUUAGUUCUGAUAUAGAACCGCCUGUAUUACAAAUACCUUACGGUAGUUUGUAUAUCGGUGGUUUACCGGCUAUUUUCGGUAUUCCUGAAACUGGAGCUAUGACUCCAUUUGUCGGUUGUAUCGGAGAUGCAACAUUGAACGGUGUUAUUGUCAAUUUCGCGAAUACGACGGAGAGACCUCAUGCUCUUCUUGGAAAGUGCAAGUUAGGAGAUCCAUCGACUGCACCAUAUAUACCUGAACUAGAACCAGAUGUACCUCCACCUCUAUUGCCUACAGAAAGUCCAGAUGACAAUGUCGAAAUAUCUACUCAGAUUAACAUUAUUGACGUCGAUUUAGAUAAGGGAACUGAUGAAGAAGAACCUACGAUUGAAGGACGUCUGACUAAUUAUCAUGAUGAAUUAACUACAACCACUGAAGCUACUACUACAACUCAGAGAAUAACUCCGUUAUAUGUCGAUCAAUGUCAAUUGCCAUAUUAUCCCACUGUAGAUCCUGAUAUGGAAAAUACUUGGCGAUUCGGCACCGCAAGAAAUAGUAGAUUGGAAUACAGAUCACUAAACGGCAGAUACAAGAAUGAUUACGAUUUCCAAAUUGAUAUCAAAACCAUGGCCGAUAAUGGAAUCAUUUUCUAUACGGCGGAUCAUACUAAUCAGAAUUUAAUAGCUUUAUAUGUCAACAAUGGAAAGUUGCAUUAUAAGUUUGAUUGUGGAAGUGGACCAGCUCUCUUAAUUAGCGACACGAAAAUAAAUGACAACAAAUGGCAUAUCGUGAUAUUUAAAAGGAAAGGAAACUAUGGACAAUUAAUUGUUGAUGAAGAUGAAGCAGUUACAGGAUAUUCUCAAGGAACGAUAGAAGUUAUAAAUGUUAGUCCUCCAUUCUAUGUAGGAGGAAUACUUCAAAACAUGUCUAGUAAAGUUCUUGAUAUGAUUGGUAUGAACGAUACAUUUAAAGGAUGUUUAGGAAACUUUAUGGUGAAUGGACAACCAGUUAGUGAACCUACAAAUAAAGUUGGUAUAAUUCCAUGUUCAAAACAAGUUGAAGAAGGAUUAUUCUUUUUUCCGGGUAAUGGUAGCAAUCUAUAUAAACCAAUGGAUAAUUUCGGUAUCGGUAGAACAGUUGACAUUCAAAUGGAAAUUAAACCUCGUUCAACAUCCGGUCUCUUAUUAUAUAUUGGUGGGAAACGAGAUUAUUUGAUCUUGGAAAUGAUUAAUGGAACUGUGACAUUCCUUGUUAAAACGCAUAAAGGUUUAAUAAAAACCUCUUUUGAACCAACAUAUUCGAGUUCUUUAUGCGAUGGGAAAUGGCACAAUAUUCGAGCUGUUAAACAGAAGAAUGUCGUACUCUUAUCAGUAGAUUAUAAAGCAGCCGCGCCAGGAAUUGGCGGUAAAAAUGUAGCGGGAAGUCUCAUGAGCCAUCAAAUCUUUAUCGGUGGACAUCCAUUGCUUGGAAAGAGAUUACGGGGAAGUAUUUCACAAACACAAUAUGUUGGAUGCAUUACUAAGAUUCAAAUCAACAUGAAAUCUAUAAAUCUAGAUCCUGAGCAUGCUCAUGGACAUGUUAUAACAGGCAUAUGCUCAACGAUAUAAUUUUUAACAAUUUCAAUUAUGAAAAUGCACUUAAAAUUAAUUAAUGUUGUAAUUUUCUUUUUUAAUAAUAAUCUUCCAAUUCAUUUUUAAGUGCUAUUAAAAAAAAACAAAUCAUGA